AUGACCGACAUUGACUUGCAGGCGGUGCACGACACACUCGUGUCGAUUGCUUUUGAGGCGGGCCGCAUGAUCCUGGCGGCGGACCCCAACAACAUCCCCAAGGGCACCAAGAAGAACUCCGUGGAUCUCGUCACAGAAGCCGACCAGGCCGUCGAGCGCAUGGUCUACGCGCGUCUCCGCGCCGACUACCCGACGUGCGCGUUUGUCGGCGAAGAGACGUACGUCGCCGGCGAGACGCGCGUCACGGAUGCGCCCACGUUCAUUGUCGACCCGAUCGACGGCACCACCAACUUUGUCCACGGUUUCCCGCACGCCUGCAUCAGCCUCGGCUUCGCGGUCGGCCGCCGCCCUGUCGUCGGUGUCGUCUACAACCCGUUCCUCGACGUCUUGUACACGGGCAUCAAGGAGAAGGGCUCGUUUAUGGAGCGCAAUGCGUCUCUGAGCCGGAACGCGCCGGCGCCGGACGGGAGCACCGUGGCCAGCCAGAAGCUGCGACUGCCGCUGGUGGGCCGCGGCGACGUGCAAGAGGCGCCGGAGCUGAACGGGCUGGGCUCGGCGCUCGUGGCUAUUGAGUGGGGCUCGGACCGGCAGGGCGCCAACUUUGACCUCAAGGUCGGCGUGUUCCAGCGCCUGGCGGCCGCCAAGGAGGAGGCCGCCAAGGAGGGGGCCGUGGGCAAGAAUGCCAUGGUCCACAGCCUGCGGUCUCUGGGCUCGGCAGCGCUCAACUUUUGCGCCGUUGCGGCCGGACAGCUGGACUGCUACUGGGAGGGCGGGUGCUACGCGUGGGACGUCUGCGCCGGGUGGUGCAUCCUGUCCGAGGCGGGCGGGUUCGUGGCCAGCGGCAACCCAGGCAACUGGGAGCCAGCACUGGACAGCCGGCUGUACCUGGCGGUGCGUGGUGCGCCGUCAGGGGGCCGUGAGCUGGUGGAAGAGUUCUGGUCGGUGAUUGGCGAUGCCGGCACGAUGAAAUAUGUGCACUAA